GCCCGUGGUCCCCGCGUCUGUCCAGCAGAAAUCCUACUAUAGCGAAGCUCUCCAGCGGACUCCCGCCCACUAACCGACUCCGAGCCUCAGCUAAUCUGACAGCAGAGUAACGGGGCGUGUGUCAUAUUGAUGAGGCGAGCCCUCGCCAUACUAGGGCAGUGCCAGCGGCCGCGUUUCUCCAGUGUGUCUGACCGCGCAAGGCUUUCUGCUGCGCCGCUCCCGGUCCGAGGCUUGAAUGAGGUUGAUGCUGCUGUGCUGCACCUGGAAGGACGAACGCAUGGGAGAGGAGGAAGCCGGCGGCAGGUUGCCGGAGUGUGCGGGCUGCAGACAGCGCAUCUGUGAUGAGCAGUACCUACAGGCCCUGGACACGGACUGGCACACGCUGUGCUUCAGGUGCUGUGAGUGCGGCGCGUCUCUCUCACACUGGUACUAUGAGAAGGACGGCCGUCUCUUCUGUAAGAAGGACUACUGGGCUAAAUUUGGAGAGCUGUGUCAUGGCUGUUCAGAGCCCAUCACCACCGGACUCAUCAUGGUCGCCGGAGAACAGAAGUAUCACCCAGAAUGCUUCACCUGUCUGAGCUGCCGAGGGUUCAUCGGUGAUGGAGACACGUAUGCUCUGGUGGAGCGAUCCAAACUCUACUGUGGACACUGUUAUUAUCAGACGAUCGUGACUCCCGUCACUCUGCCCGACUCGCCGUGCUCCAGGAUUCCUCACACGGUCACGCUAGUGUCUAUUCCCGCCUCCACCGAUGGGAAACGAGGCUUAUCCGUGUCCAUCGAUCAGGGCUCCAGUCCCAACAGCUUCAGCCCCGAACACACACACACCGUCAGAGUCUCCGAGGUGGACCCAGAGUGCAUCAGUCCAGACGUCAAGAGCUCCAUUCAUGUUGGCGACCGGAUCCUGGAGAUCAAUGGAACCCCAAUCCAGAACGUUCCUCUGGACGAGAUCGAUCUGCUGAUCCAGGAGACCAGUCGUCUGCUGCAGCUGACCAUUGAACAUGACCCUCAUGACCACAGCCCCUCGGAGGACCAGGUGGACGGGCCGACACCCCCGUCUGAGGGUCCCAGUCCCAUCACGCCCAUCACACGGCCCCCCAGCCAGGACAUUAACACCCUGCGCUCGCGGAUCAUCACGCGCAGCUACAGUAUCGAUAAAUCUCCGUGCUCCAGUAACACUCCGUCUCCACUGUCUCUGAGGAAAGACAUCGGCCGCUCCGAGUCGCUGCGCGUCGUGUCCAGCAGCACACACCGAAUAUUCAGAGCCUCCGACCUGAUCCAUGGAGAGGUUCUGGGUACAGGCUGCUUCGGACAGGCCAUAAAGGUGACUCACAGAGAGACGGGAGAGGUGAUGGUGAUGAAGGAACUCAUUCGAUUCGAUGAGGAAACACAGAGGACCUUCCUGAAAGAGGUGAAGGUCAUGAGAUGUUUGGAUCAUCCGAACGUGCUGAAGUUCAUCGGCGUCCUCUACAAAGACAAACGACUCAACUUCAUCGCUGAGUACAUCAAAGGAGGAACACUGAGAGACAUCAUCAAGAAUAUGGACAGUGAUUAUUCAUGGCAACAGAGAGUGAGUUUUGCCAAGGACAUUUCCUCUGGGAUGACGUACCUGCACUCCAUGAACAUCAUCCAUCGAGAUCUCAACUCACACAACUGCCUGGUCAGAGAGAAUAACAGUGUUGUUGUGGCGGAUUUCGGACUGUCUCGACUCAUGGUGGAGGACAAGAAUCAGGACAAGCUGACGUCAGGACAGAUCCCGGGCGUGAGGAAACCCGACAGGAGGAAGAGAUACACCGUGGUGGGAAACCCGUACUGGAUGGCUCCCGAAAUGAUUCACGGGAAGAGCUACGAUGAGAAGGUGGACAUCUUCUCGUUCGGCAUCAUGCUGUGUGAGAUCAUCGGCCGAGUCAACGCCGAUCCCGACUUCUUGCCCCGCGCCAUGGAUUUCGGGCUGAACGUGACAGAGUUUUUGGAGGAUCACUGCCCGCCUGACUGCCCGACCGCUUUCUUCCCCAUGGCGGCGCUCUGCUGCGAUCUGGACGCUGACAAACGGCCUGCGUUUGCUAAGCUGGAGUCGUGGCUGGAGAACCUGAAGAUGCACAUGGAGAUGGGGCUUCACCUGGUGUCUGAGCUGGAAGUCAUUCAUCAAGCCUUCUGGCAGGAACACUCGAGCGGCAAGAACGGGCUUCACACGCACCCAGAGCAGCCUGAGUGAGAGCCGAUCGCUGCAGAUCCACCACAGGACAUCUGCGGCUGAACACACCAUGCUUCUGCAAAUCCAAGCAACCCACGAUGCCUCCUCACAACAUAACACAUCUGGACAGAUGUUUGAGCUCGAGUCUGACGCACAGCAUCAGCUCACAGACUCAUGCAUGUCUGGUGUGGCUUACAGUGCGGUGUUCUUCAUACGGUCCUGAUGGUGCGUUCACGUCUCGUCCACACGACCUCUGUGAGGAAGCUCUGACUGAGCUGCUCUGGUUGAUCUGGUGAUGAGAUAUGAACGCACCAGAACACACGAGACACAUCGCACAUCAUCAGUGUCCUCGUGCUCCUUAGGUACGCCAAGCAUCAGUGUCUUGGCACUAAUAGUCCGCAGUGUAAACAGAGUUACAGUACACAUUGUAAAUGUUUGACAUGUUGUAUAUGUGCAGGCAUUGUUUUGUAUAGUGAUUGCGCAUUGGCGUACUUUCAUCUGGAUGUUUGCUGAAAUGCAAGUCCAGUCCUCACGAGAAGAUCAGGAACAUGAUGAACUCUAGAGAGGCUUCCCGUCCGAGUCCAACACGUCAACUUAACUUAAUACUAUCUUCUUACACCCAAAUCCAAAAUAUAUGUAUA